UCUCCUCUUUCUCCUGCAGCUCCUUCAGCAGUGUCCAUCAUGCAUCAAGUGAGCCGGACAGUGGACAGCAUCACCCUCUCGUGGUCUCAACCGGACCAGCCCAACGGGGUCAUCCUGGACUACGAGCUGCAGUACUAUGAGAAGGAUCUGAGUGAGUUCAACUCCACGGCGGUCAAAAGCCCCACCAACACCGUGACCGUCCCAAACCUCAAGGCCGGGACCAUUUACGUCUUUCAGGUGCGAGCCCGCACGGUGGCCGGCUACGGGCGCUACAGUGGGAAGAUGUACUUCCAGACCAUGACGGAAGCUGAAUACCAGACCAGCAUCCAGGAGAAGCUGCCUCUGAUCAUCGGCUCUUCGGCGGCAGGGCUGGUCUUCCUCAUCGCCCUCGUGGUCAUCAUCCUCGUGUGCAACAGAAGACGUGGAUUUGAGCGCACCGAUUCUCAGUACACCGACAAGCUCCAGCAUUACACCAGUGGCCACAUUACUCCUGGCAUGAAGAUCUACAUCGACCCGUUCACCUAUGAAGAUCCCAAUGAGGCCGUCCGGGAGUUCGCGAAGGAGAUCGACAUCUCGUGCGUCAAAAUUGAGCAGGUGAUCGGGGCAGGAGAGUUUGGCGAGGUGUGCAGCGGGCACCUGAAGUUGGCAGGCAAAAGGGAGAGUUUCGUGGCCAUCAAGACCCUGAAAUCAGGGUACACUGAGAAGCAGCGGCGAGAUUUCCUGAGCGAAGCCAGCAUCAUGGGUCAGUUUGACCACCCCAAUGUGAUCCACCUGGAAGGGGUGGUGACCAAGAGCCCCCCGGUCAUGAUAGUCACCGAAUUCAUGGAGAAUGGUUCGUUGGACUCCUUCCUCCGGCAAAAUGAUGGGCAAUUUACUGUGAUCCAGUUGGUGGGGAUGCUGAGGGGCAUCGCCGCCGGCAUGAAAUACCUAGCUGACAUGAACUACGUCCACCGUGACUUGGCGGCACGCAACAUCCUGGUCAACAGCAAUCUGGUCUGCAAGGUUUCGGACUUCGGCCUCUCCCGCUUCCUGGAAGAUGAUACCUCGGACCCCACCUAUACCAGUGCUCUAGGUGGGAAGAUCCCAAUCCGUUGGACCGCACCUGAAGCCAUCCAGUAUCGAAAGUUUACUUCGGCCAGUGAUGUGUGGAGCUAUGGCAUCGUCAUGUGGGAGGUGACAUCCUAUGGGGAGAGGCCUUAUUGGGAUAUGACCAACCAGGACGUAAUUAAUGCCAUUGAGCAAGACUAUCGACUGCCACCACCCAUGGAUUGUCCCAGCGCUCUUCAUCAGCUCAUGUUGGACUGCUGGCAGAAGGAUCGCAACCACCGGCCCAAAUUUGGACAGAUUGUCAACACCUUAGACAAGAUGAUCCGAAACCCCAACAGCCUGAAAGCCAUCGCACCCCUUUCCUCAGGGAUUAACCUCCCCUUGUUGGACCGCACGAUCCCGGAUUAUUCCAGCUUCAACACGGUCGACGAAUGGCUCGAAGCAAUCAAGAUGGGCCAGUACAAGGAGAGUUUCGUCAGCAACGGCUUCGUCAGCUUCGACUUGGUUUCCCAGAUGACAAUGGAAGACAUCCUGCGAGUCGGCGUGACACUAGCCGGCCACCAGAAGAAGAUCUUGAACAGCAUCCAGAUGAUGCGCACGCAGAUGAGCCAGAUCCAGUCCGUGGAAGUUUGA